CCCCAAACCCAGCAACGUGUUCUCGUUGCCACCACAAACGAUCUCCUCCUAAGCUUGUACAACACUUGCAUUUUGUGAAUCUUGUUUGCGAGUCGGGUGGGGGUGUGGUUAAAUCAAAAGGUAAAAUGGCGGCCUGCCUCUGCCUCGGACCCACCGGGUCUGGGAAAACCCUGCUCCUCAAGCGCCUGCAGUCCACCUCGGUCAACGAGGGGACCUCCACCGUCGAAACCGUAGGCUCCAACAUCAUCCGUGUCCCCAAAAAACCCGUGGCGGAGGGGUCCGGUGCGACGUCUUCCUCCUCUCGGGGUGGUGAGGACAAGGACUUUCUCUCCAUCCAAGAAAUUGGAGGCGCCAUGGCCCCCCUCUGGCCCUCAUAUUUUGCUCCAGACAAACUCAUUAUGUACGUCAUCGACUCCUCCAACCUUUUCCAAGUGUCCAUUUCAACCGUUCUCCUCAUGGAAUUGUUGUCGCACGAGAAGCUAGUGGGGGCCAAGGUGCUCAUCCUCCUUACCAAAAUGGACCUCACAAAUCGGAAGAACCUCAACUACCUCAAGUUCAUGAUGAGGCUGGACACCAUUCUGGCGCAGAGUGGUAGGCGCGUGUCGCUCCUGGAAGUGAGCGCAACGACGGGCGAUGGGCUGGAGGACGUGCGAAGAUGGCUCUUACUCAACUGGCCCAGAGUCAAGAAAGCGGCCAACACUAUCAAGGCCGCGGCGAGAAGUGACAAUGGCUGAAGAGAUGCACCACGGAUGGAUUACGUAAUACUUGGGUAUUGAAUUGGAAUAGUUGUCAAGUUGUUAAAAUUGGGGUUCUACAUAUUUCACAAAAGUACAGAUUUAUUCACAAUUUUGUCAUAAAAGCGACCUGAUUACAGUGUAAAUCCAUCCAACACUUCAUCGUCACAAGGGUUGGUAGGGAUUUUUGUGCUUGUGGGUAUACUCAUUCUCGCCCACGACUUUAAGAGUGGUUGACAAGCAGCGUAAGAAACAUAGAUUGAGACCAGAGUGACCAGGAUGCAGCCAAUCCAGAGGAUGACCGAGGAAAGAUCUCUGGACGGAUCUUGAGAUGAUGGCAACGCUCUAAAAAAAAUUGCAUCACGGUCGGUGCGGCGUGAAGCACUUUUUUCUUUGGCGCCGGCAUCGUCGUCGCGGUGAUCUCCACAGGCGCAGGUUUGCUGAUGACGAGGGGGGACUGGCUGGGAGGGAGGAGCCUCCAAGUUAUCUACACAGCGAGGUUCGCAUCCUGUUUGCCACCCAGCCUGGUCCCGAUCUCUGAAUAUAUUUAAUAUUAGUUAGCAUCCUCCGGAAGCACGCUAUAGGCGCGAGUUAUUUACAUCGUUCAAGAUUUAACGUUUUGAUUUCUACCUCAUCCGUAACGUCUGCCAGAGGAGAAGGCGGUAUAGGAAACUUUUAUCACUUUCACCACCAUCACCAUUUGACGACAUCUUUAUACAAUCACACUAUUUGACGUACGAAGCAGCGUUAUCAGAAAUUAGGGUGCGAGACGGACUUCAAGAUUAUUUGAUACUUUAUGUCAAGUAAUUGUGUCCAUUGCCAAUUAUCAUCACGAUUGAUUUCAUUCAUCUUCAAGUAAUUUUUGAUAAACCAAGAAACUUGUAACUUUCUCCAGGAUACCAUGCACACUGAUAGCUUAAAUAAGCAAUUAUUUGUAACAAAUUUCCAGAAGUGAUAAUAAACGAAAACCUUGCAAAUUGCUAUAUGUACAUAUA